UGGAAGGCAAAUACGUAUACUGACGGUGUGUUGUGCCUAUGCUUAAUUUCUGGAGCUGGGGCAAUAUAUUACUCUCAUAUACUUUAUUCUCCAGGGUCUGGGAGACAGUCCUUGGCCACUCCACACAUGUACAAGACAUGUGCAUGACAUGCACCUGUUUUGGCUGACUCACUCUGAAAACAUUGAUAACCGGCAGUGUUAUAAAUCAGUCAGUUGUGUGAAUGUACCACUUCGCAGCUAUACUCAGUCUCGCUCUCUCGUGUCAGGUUUUAGACAGCCUGGAACCUAGCGGACGACGAUGUGGGAUUUCGGAGUUACAACAGUUGCCUUAUUUCUGGUCGUGGUACUGGUAGUGUUAUGGCUGUCAACGCGGCGCCCACCUGGACUGCCCCGAGGCCCCCCUCUCCUUCCGUUCGUGGGGAACGCCCUGUCCAUGGACUCUGAUCCCCGGGUCUUGUACAAGAACCUCCGACAGAAGUAUGGCGACAUUUUCAGUCUGUAUGUUUUCCACAAGCCUCUCAUCGUCCUCAACGGCUACAACGUUAUUAAAGAAGCCAUAGUGAAGAACGCCGACGUCUUCUCCGACAGACCGCGAUCCUUUUUUACCGAUUUCUUCUCAAAGGGAAAAGGAGUAGUCGGAACCUCCGGGGACUUGUGGCAUGAACAGAGACGAUUUGCUCUCAAUGCUCUGCGAGAGUUUGGAAUGGGAAAAAACAUCAUGGAGGACAAAAUACACGAGGAAAUUGCUCAGUUUAUGGUUGCCCUGGAGGAAGAGAAAGGCCGGGGUUUCAACAUAGAGCGUCUUGUGCAGAAUGCCGUAUCAAAUGUCAUCUGUUCCGUUGUCUUUGGCAAACGUUUUGAAUAUACCGACCAUGUCUUCGUCAAAUUUCUGAAAGCAUUGGAUGUUUUUUUUAAAAAUAGCGCAUUGUCUGGAAUACUAAACGUUUUUCCUGCUGUGCGAUAUUUGCCUGGAGACCCAUUCAAGUUCACAAAAACAAUGGACAGCAUAGAUAUUGUGGAUAAUCUACUGAUUAAACCUUUCAUUAAGGAUCACUUAAACGAUCACGAUUAUGAAAAUCGGGACGAUUUCAUCCAUGUAUACUUUAAGGAGAUGCGACGUCGCCAACAGAAACAAGAAACAACUACGUUAGACUUGGAGAAUCUGGCGCAGAUUAUUAAUGAUCUGUUCACUGGAGGCACGGAGACGACGUCCACCACUAUACGCUGGGCGCUGGUCUACUUCCUGAACUACCCGGAUGUGCAAGAAAAGUGCUUCCAAGAGAUUCUGGAAAACGUUGGUCAGAGCAGACGACCAUCCAUGAAGGACAAGACGAACCUUCCUUACGUGGAGGCCACCAUCUUGGAAACCUUAAGAUACGCUGACAUUUUCCCUACUAAUCUCCCUCACUCAGUUCCACAUGAUGUACAGUUCAGGGGAUUCACCUUCCCGAAAGGCGUCACAGUCAUGUUGAACCUUGAUUCAGUCCUCCAAGACAAGGAUGUAUGGGGAGACCCGCAAAACUUUCGGCCGGACCGUUUCCUCGAUGACGCAGGCAAGAUUCAGAAGAGGGAGGAAUUUAUCCCCUUUUCUUUGGGACGAAGGGUUUGCCCGGGGGAGUCAAUGGCCCGGAUGGAGCUCUUCCUCUUCCUCACCACCAUGAUUCAGAGAUUCAAGUUCGUCCCAGUGAACGGGGAAAAGCCUCCAAUGGAAGGAACACUGGGUUUAUCAUAUUCGCCAAAGGAAUUCAAACUAAACAUUAUCCCCCGAAACUAAUAUUGUUUGGAUCAUCACAAUGUUAAAAAGGAUCGGGUGAUCAUCGUCUCCCAAUUGCGUGAUGUUGAUCACUGGAUUGUCUGGUGCAGGCUCGACCAUUUACUAAUAUCGCUGAAUGCGGAGUUAAACAACCUAGAUUCUAUGAGUUUUCCAACAUCGUGAUUUUUUGUUUGUAUCUAAAUGUUUAAAUCAAAGAUAUCAAAUGUUUUGGGAAUCUUAUUUAACAUUAAAAAAAUUGUAUCAAAUGAAUAAAAUCAAUAAGCAUAUAA